AUGCGAUGGGGCCCCUGGGGAAGGGGACGCGGGGGUCGCGGAGCCGGCGCCCGGGCGCCGCGGCCGCUGAGGCGAGGAGGGUCUGACGCUCCUCGGCCGCCCCGGGGCGGAGAGGGCCCCGGCCGGGCCGGGCCGCGGGAGAAGAUGAACAUCUGCAACAAGCCCUCUAACAAGACAGCUCCAGAGAAGCCCGAAUGGACCGCAUCAGACAAGGGCAGUGGGCCACCUCCUGAACUCUGUGGCCAGCGUUCUCGGAGGAAUGGUUGGAGUUGGCCCCCACACCCAUUCCAGAUCGUUGCUUGGCUGCUGUACCUCUUCUUUGCUCUGAUCGGCUUUGGGAUCCUCGUUCCCCUCCUGCCUCACCCGUGGGUGCCUGCUGGCUACGCUUGUAUGGGAAUUGUCUUUAUCUGCCAUCUCGUCGUCCACCUGACUGCAGUCUCCAUCGAUCCAGCAGAUGCCAACGUGAGGGAUAAGAGCUAUGCAGGGCCCCUGCCCAUCUUCAACCGCAGUCAGCAUGCUCACGUCAUUGAAGAUCUGCACUGUAACCUCUGCGAUGUGGACGUGAGCUCCCGGUCGAAGCACUGCAGUGCCUGCAACAAGUGUGUGUGUGGUUUUGACCAUCACUGCAAAUGGCUCAACAACUGCGUGGGUGAGAGGAAUUACUGGCUCUUCCUGAACAGUGUGGUAUCAGCCCUUCUGGGGGUCCUUCUGUUGGUGCUCAUCGCCUUUUACAUCUUCGUGGAGUUCUUUAUCAAUCCCAUGCGGCUUCGGACCAACAAACACUUUGAAGUCCUGAAGAACCACACAGACGUAUGGUUCGUGUUUCUCCCAGCGGCCCCCGUGGAGACCCAGGCCCCUGCCAUCCUUGCCUUGGCUGCCCUCCUCAUCCUGCUGGGCCUUCUGUCUGUGGUGUUGUUGGGACAUCUCCUCUGCUUUCACAUUUAUCUCAUAUGGCACAAACUAACCACCUAUGAGUACAUCGUGCAGCAGCGGCCCCCAAAGGAGGUGAAGGAGACCCAAAAGGAACUGAAGAUGCAGCCCAUUCAGGAGGUGGAGUUCUAUGUUCGCAGCUUCAGUUACACCAAUUCAGAGCUCCAGGCAGAGGGCUUGGCAGUGGCACCUUCCAAAAGAGACCAUUCCACGCUCUUUGUCACCAGUGCUGAGCCUACGCUGCCCUCCUCCCCUGACACCCCAGUGCUGCCACCCAAGAUCCAGCCACAGAAGAGGAAGAAGAAGAGGAAAGCGUACAAGGUGCCGGCCUUGGUAGCCAGUGACAACUCUCAGGGCCGCCCCCCACCCCGACCCAGGUUGCCAGCCCCCUGCCCUGAGCUCCCUGAGGCUGGUGCCAUGAGUUCUUCAUCUCACUCCUCCAACUCCAGCCUUCACCUCCCUGUGCCAGUCUUCCUGGGCCCAGACGCUGCUGUCCAGGCGGCUGGUCCUCCAGCUGACUACCAUUCUGAGUCAGCGGAGUCCAUGGAGGAGAUCCCUGUGGCCCAGACUCGCCUGGGCAGUAGCACCCCAGCUGAGGGUGGCCGCCUACCCCCUUACAGUGGCCUGGGCCUUCCCCGGCAUCACCUCCCCCAAGCUCCUAGCCUGGGCAAGAGAUGCCCUCGGGGCAGGGAUUAUGAACAGGAGCUAGAACUUACGGCCAAAGUGCCCACUGUGUUUGUGAGCCAAAGCAGUGGGGAGCCACCUGGUUCCCCCAGAGAGCGGCAAUGUGCUGGUGCCAAUCUGGAGCACUGACCAGAGGUGAGCAUGACCUAGGUCCUUCCCUAUCGCCCAGCAUUGCUGCUGAUCUACCUGGCAGAGGUGGGUGCUGGUGGCGCCCUCCUGCCCCUGCCCCAUGUCUUUUCCUUCUUCCUUAAGUUGUGACUCCCCUUGGAGUCCAGCCUGAGCCUGACUGGCUGAAAUUAAACCUGAGGCAAAUUCAGUCGAGUGAGAGGUUGGGAUUGAGGUCAGAGCAGGAAAGAGGCUCAGUGGCAGUCUAGACUAAAGGGUAGUCCCAGCAAUGGGAUGAUUGUACCUGGAGGGAUGACCCUUCCUGCAAAGUUGUCCUUCCAAGGAUUGAGGUGGACAAGACCUGGCAGGCCUUGGAAGCAUUGAUACCACAGCAACAGGACCCUGGAGUUGUCAACCUCACUGAAGAAGGACUUUGAGGCAAGUUGGUGAAGAAGUGUGCCACUCCCCAGGAAGAAGAAUGUUUCCUGAUAUGGGUGCCAUGAGGCAGAGCCCCAGCUGUACCAUGCUAGUUAUGGCGAUGGGGCCAGCCACCUACCCAGCCUCCUGGCUCUCCCCUCUAAAUGGACUGUGGGCCGAGCCAAAGCUUGCCAUCAAAUGAUCUACGGGGGUAAUCUGAAUCCUAGGCCAAGUCUUGGGUCAAAGUGAUUCCCCAGUCCCACCGAGUGGGUAACUCUUUUCCCUGGACUGCACCGGGUAGCAGAGCCCUCCUCCAAAAGGAGUGAGUGGCCUCUUGUGGAAGGUGGGCGGGAGAGUCCUAGGACCCCUGGGCUCCAAGCUGAUGCCCCCGCCACAGUCAGGUACCUACCUAUCCCUCCUGUACCCCACCCCCAGUCUAUGCAACCCCUUCCCCCAGUGCCAAGAGCUGAGCCCCAGGGCCCUGAACUGUUCCACCUCCUAAAAAAGACUGCAGUGCCUGCUUGGGAACUGGCCAGUGGGGCAGCACCCAGGAAAGGAGGCAGAUCUGAGGAGCUGCUGCCUGGAAAGCCAGGCUUGCCAGCACCUUACAACAGCACAGAAUUCACUUUAGGGGAGUGCCCCAGGGGAUUGGGGGGUGGGUGAGCACUUGGGACUUCAACCCUCCUUUCCUCCCCUUUUCCUGGGGCUCUACCUCCCCCUUUAAUCAUGAGCAGCAGCAGCACCGUUCCUUCUGUGGAUUAAUCAUGAUUCACAAUAUAAAUUUUUUAUGUCUUUGCUAA